CUUUUUUAAACGAAGGGGUAAUUAAUUAGCAAAAGUCAACCUCCUGGAAUUGUAUAAUUGCCUUGUAAUGGUUCAUACAAUGUGCUCAUUAUUCAAAAGAAGAAGAAAAAGACACGGAGAAAGCGAUUUUCUAACAAGUCUAGUAGUUCUAAAACCUCUGUUGUCAUAUGUAAAAGCAAGCAUGUCAGGCCCUAAAUGUCCUAAAGCUAGCAAGCAUUUCGUGCUAGUUCAUGGCGCGUGGCAUGGAGCAUGGUCUUGGUACAAGAUUGUGGCACUGAUAAGAUCUUCAGGGCAUAAUGUAACAGCUCUUGACUUGGGUGCUUCAGGGAUCAACCCGAAGCAGGUGCUCGAAAUCCCACUUUUGUCUGAUUACUUUAGUCCGCUAAUGGAGUUCAUGGAUUCUCUUCCUGCACAUGUGAAAGUGAUUCUUGUAGGCCAUAGCUUUGGCGGGUUGGCUAUUUCUAAAGCGAUGGAAAGUUUUCCAGAAAAGAUUUCAGUUGCUGUAUUUGUCACUGCUCAUAUGCCUGGUCCAACUCUAAAUGCAACCACACUCUUAACCAAGUUAAAGUCUUCCAGUGGAAUGCUAUCGCAACUUGAUAAUCGUGUAACAUACGAUAAUGGACCAACCAAUCCUCCAACAACCUUCAUCUUAGGUCCAAUGUACUUGGCAAGAAAUACUUAUCAGCUGUGCCCAAUUCAGGAUUGGGUGUUGGCUACAACAUUAACAAGACCAUUAUAUAUAUACAGUGACGAAGACAUAUCAAAGGAGAUGGGACUUUCAAGCAAACGGUACGGCACAGUUAGGCGAGUGUUCAUCGUGGCUGCUGAAGAUAAAACUCUGAAUAAGGAAAUCCAAGAGUGGAUGAUAGAAAAGAACCCUCCCGAUGAAGUGGAAGAGAUCUCGGGAUCUGAUCACAUGGCCAUGAUGUAUAAUCCCCAACGACUUUUUUCUCUUCUUCUGCGCAUUGCUCACAAGUGACAAGCUUCUUGAUCUGUGAUUUCAUAUUCAAUAACAAAGUACGCUGAAAUAAAUUUUAAAAAUGGCAGUUCAACUUUCACCAGUAUUUUUGUUACUGUACUAGUUUUUGGGAC